AUUAAUUUUUUUUUGUUAAAAAUUAAUUUGGUAAUUGGUAAAUUCGUAAAAUUACUUCAAACUUGAAUUUCUUCAUUUACGAAUCAUCAUCAUAAAAAUUCGCUUUUUGAAAUAUGUCUGCUGCAAAUCAUGUAUCACGCGUUCGUACACUAUAUAAACUCAUUUUUCGUUUGCAUCGAGCGUUACCUGCUGAACUACGGAUAUUGGGCGAUAAUUAUGCAAGAGAAGAAUUUAAGCGACAUAAAAACUGUAACCCCCAAGAAGCUAACAUUUUCCUCAAUGAGUGGACAGAUUAUGCAAUAAAUUUGGCAAGACAAACAAAGCCUCUGCAUCAGGCCAAAAGAAAAACUGUGGGAAAAUAUCUGGAUCCUAAAAUGUUAGAUUAUAUGACUGAUGAACAGUUGGUACAGUUAUAUGAGUUACAUAAAGCAACAUCCCUGAAAUCUAAUGAUUCUAACCAAAUAAAUAUAUCCAACAAAGAUAGUACUGAAAGAUAGUGAAAUAUUUUUUUUAAUUACCUUCUAAUAUGUUUUUUAAAAAGCAUUUUGUUAUUUUUAUUAAAAUGUAUAAAAAUAGUAUUAAAAUUUCUAAAAUAAUAUAAACAAGCAUUCAAAACUUCAUUGUUUAUAUUAAAAUAAUGACAAAACUUGUUUAUAAUGCUAUGGCAACAGGAUUUGUUGUAUUUUAUUUUAAUAGUUAUUAUUUUGUAGAAAUAUUUUGCUUUUGCAAUUCAAUAAAAAAAUAGUUGUAUUAUUCUAUAGCUGGUGAAAAUUUGAACAUUUAAACUAGAAUAGAAUCUUAAAUUAUAGAAAGCUUUGUUAAUAAUUUCUAAUUCAUAAUUUGAGUGUAAGUCUUUAUGUGGCACUUAAUAUUACAAU